UCAAGGUUUUCAGAUACAUUUGAUCAUUACAAUCCAUUGUGUCAUUAGAUGUUGCUAGCAUAUGGUUUCCUAUCAGUACCAUUGGUCAUAAUGAUCUGGUAUUUCUGAAGAUACGGUAGCACGGUUCAAUCACGGAGCACGGUACAUUGUACUGGGAAAUCAAUAGAAUCAUGGACCAUGAAGGAAUGGAUGUGUGGGAACGUGUAUAAAUUCAACUCCAGCUGGUAGCAGCGAUCUGUUUUAAUGAAGAAAUACUCAUUACACGUCACAGUGCAUAAGAAGGACACGAGCAAACAUCGCUCCCAGUAUCAGAUGGCGGGGGUGUAUGAGUUCUGCGUCCUGUAUCUGCUGUGGGUGUACGGGGAUGGUGUGUCUGCAACUGCAUCACCGUGCGACACGGUCUCCUGGUCUGUAGUAUCUCCCAGCCAACCUCUUCAUCAAGGCAUCAAGACUGACAACCUGCUCCAGUGCAUGCAUGUGUGCAAAUACAUCCCCAGGUGCAACUCCGUCACCUAUGAUGUUUCAAGGAGGGAUUGUGCCCUGCAUGAUGAACCAGGACAGCCAAAUGAACCUCAGAAAAAGAUCUUUAAUAGCAUUUGCGAGUUGGCUACGGCUGUUCAUGGACCGUGUGACGACAACCCUUGUAACAACGUCCAGUGCAUUCCUAUCGGCGCCACUUACAUCUGUCUGGACAUACUCCAAUGUCUGGUGACUGCCUCGCCAGAGAAUGGCAACAUGACCUACCAUGGCCACACUGCUCUAUCACGCCGCCAGCUGGUGUGUGAUGAAGGCUACGAGCCGACUGGAGCAACAGACGGAACCUGCACAACGGAUGGCACUUGGGACAAUGCAGGGGUGACGUGUAAAGAGAUUGACUGUGGAAUUCCCCCAGCAGUGACAGGUGCGUCAGUCGACUACACUGCAACAGUUUACGGCAGCACGACAACGUACACGUGUAAUGCCUGGAUGUCGUUCCCUGGAGGGACCAAGGCGAAAACAGCAUCCUGCUCCUUAACCGGUAGUUGGACCAGAAUCGAGAACCAAUGUGAAAGUGACGUAGUCCUGAUCGAUGGAUGGGUACUUGUAUUCCGGAUAUCGGCUGGCAUCAAUGUCUUCAGCUACGAUGUAUGGAUGAACAGUUCCAUCUACCACGAUUACCCCGCGGACAGAGACGAUGUCAUGCCCGGAUGUCGAUCGAUCAACAGUUCUCUCCCCUGUGACCUUCACUUCCGCAGCAAGAUUCUUAACGAAUGGAGCUCUCUAAAUAUCAGUCAGGUGAAAGUCCUUCUGAUAGCGGGCAGCAAAGAGAAGGCAACGAUUGUAUUUAAUGGAAAAGAUUCGGACAAGGAGAACUGGUUUACCUCAAGCAGGGUAUCAUCAUCUACCUGGACCGGUCUUGGUUCCUCAAGAAUCUUCCGGAUCAAUGGCUGGAGGACCCGUCGCUUCUACAUCAACUACUUUCUGGGAAAGUGUACACAAGACAGCGGAUGGUUAGUGGUCUUGGACAGCGAGCCAGUGUGUUCCGAGUACACGUUUCCAAAUGGACCAACGAUCAUGUAUUCACCACUUGCUGAGAAAAGUUUGAUUUCCACAGAAUAUAAGAAGGCGGAUGCUAUGGCCAUCCUAGUGAAGCUGGAUUCUCUCUAGUUGGAGAGUGGUAAUUUCAUUGGAGGACUGAGAGCGGUGCCGAUGACGCCAGAAGGACAGCUACUUACUGAACAGUAAAACCUUCACAGCCCUUUAACUGAAAAGCUGAGGGGAGAAAUCAAAGUAUGAUGCUUAUCUGUACCUUUAAUCAGAGUUGCGGGAUUCUCUUAUCUUGGGUUCUAAAGUGGAGAGAUUAUGUCCAAAACAAACAACCUGUACUAUACAAAGUUUUAAUCAGAGUCCAAAUAUCAAAACAAACAAUGACUACGAUGAUCACAAGAUCCCUGAUUCACUUCUAAUGAUUCAGAUACGGGUAGGCCCUGGGAGUCUCCCUAAUAGGUUUAUUGCAAAGAGUAGACAAACUGGGAGUAAUCAACUAUACAGGUACAGUCCAUUAUUAAGUGUAGGGGUGCUCCAUUACAUGUUUAUGUUGAUGAGUAGGCAACAUGGGAGUAGUCAUAAUGGGAAGAUACCCUUUCAGACUGAUCCUCUCCCGAGGAUCCAUGUUAGAUAAUAUUACGACAUAUUGUUUUUGUAAAUAUUUCAUCUUUUCGAAAAAUAUUCUCGAACGUGAUAUAAUUGUGAGGGGACAGUCAUUCGUUUAAUUCUUUUACUGUACCACAUUCGGAAAAAGUCGGAAAGCCUCGUAUGUGUUUUUUGUCUUUAACAUUAUGUAUUGAUUCGGUUUUGAAUCUGUAAUUUUUAGUUCUUCCUUGUAUAUUGCGUUUUGAUCGAGCAUCUAAACAGUAUGCAUGCAAAUAUGAUCAUAUGAUCA